CCAAUCGCUUUGACCCGCCUACUUCCGGUCCGCACAGAUCCCUGACUCGAUCAAGUGGCCAGUGCGGAGAUAAGUACGAACUGGCGGGCUUCAGUUAAACUGCCCACUGUUCUUCAGGAAAAAUCCUCCAGGUCCUGCACAUUCUUUACUUUUCCUCCAUCUUCUGCAUAUUUGACCCCUUUCCAACAGCAACUAAAUGAUGUUGAGAUCCAUCUUUUCACACUGUGACUGCCGGAGGAGAAAAAUGCAAAAUGAAGUGUGUGGGGUCAAAGCAAACUACUCCGACAUUCAUUAAAAGCAGGUCCAUUGACAGAAGUUUGUAAGGCUGCAUUCUCAUGGCGGCUACCUCCCAGCUGUUUCGGGUAAUCCAUGGCAGGGGUUUUGGUUGUACAUGGGUGCCAUCUGUUUUGUGCCAAGCCUGCUUCCAAGUCCAUCAUACAUGCAAAAGUGUCUACCAACCAAAUGCAACUUCAGAUCCAAUUCAGCCCCUAUUGCGGAGCUACAGGACGUCAGCUGCACAGCUCACGUACUACCUCACACCACCUCAGGUGAACAGCAUCCUGAAGGCCAAUGAGUACAGCUUCAAAGUGCCUGAGUUUGAUGGCAAAAACCUCAGCUCAGUCAUGGGGUUUGAUAGUAAUCAACUCCCAGCCAACGCACCUAUUGAGGACCGGCGCAGUGCAGCAACGUGCUUGCAGACACGUGGCAUGCUCUACGGUGUCUUUGAUGGGCAUGCAGGCUGUGCCUGUGCCCAGGCAUUGAGUGAAAGGCUCUUCUACUACAUAGCCGUGGCCAUGCUGCCGCACGAGACACUUGCUGAGCUCGAGAGCGCUGUGGAGAGUGGCCGGCCCCUUCAGGCUAUCCUGCAGUGGCACAAGCACCCAAAUGACUACUUCAGCCGUGAGGCAUCGCUCCUCUAUUUCAACAGCUUGCGCACAUACUGGCAAGAGCUGCUGGACCUAAGCACUCCUGGAGAACACCCUGAUGUGGCUGAGGUGCUCGUGAGCGCAUUCAAACGCCUGGACAAUGACAUCUCUUUGGAGGCACAGGUGGGGGAUGCCAAUGCCUUCCUGCACUAUUGGGUGUUACGUGUGGCCUUCUCAGGUGCAACAGCAUGCGUGGCACAUGUAGACGGUGCUGAUUUGCAUGUGGCAAAUGCAGGUGAUGGACGUGCUGUUCUGGGUGUGCAGGAGCCUGAUGGCUCGUUCUCUGCACUGACCCUCUCCAAUGACCACAGUGCACAGAAUGAGGCCGAGGUUCGCCGUGUACGCGCUGAGCACCCGCAUGCUGAAGCCAAGACAGUGGUGAGGCAGGACAGGCUGCUUGGUCUCCUCAUGCCGUUUCGUGCAUUCGGUGAUGUCAAGUUCAAGUGGAGUGUGGAACUGCAGCGGCGCGUGCUCGAGUCUGGCCCAGACCAACUUCAUGAGAACGAGCAUGCCAAAUUUGUGCCACCCAACUACCAUACACCACCAUACCUGACCGCUGAGCCUGAGGUGACAUAUCACCGGCUUCGGCCACAAGACCGCUUCCUGGUACUUGGUUCGGAUGGAUUGUGGGAGACCCUGCACCGGCAAGAAGUGGUGCGUAUCGUGGGCGAGCACCUGACUGGAGUGCACCAGCAGCAACCCAUCAGUGUGGGUGGCUACAAGGUCACCCUGGGCCAAAUGCAGGGGCUUCUGCAUGAGAGGAAGGCACGUGUCUCCUCCACGUUUCAAGACCAGAACGCAGCCACACACCUGAUUCGCCAUGCUGUGGGCAGUAAUGAAUUUGGCAUGGUGGAUCAUGAGAGGCUAUCCAAGAUGCUCAGCUUGCCAGAGGAACUAGCCCGCAUGUAUAGAGAUGAUAUCACCAUUAUUAUAGUGCAGUUUAACCCGCACGUCAUAGGAGCUCAGCAGAACUGAAUGUACACCCCCCCCCCCCCCCCCCUUUGUUUCUGUUACACUGCUUUUGUAAACACUCAUGAAUAGAUGAGGAGGAAUAUGGUGUGUGUGUGUGUGUGUUGGGGGGUUGUGUAACAUCAACAUGCUGUAUUAUCAUAUUUAUGCAUCAUAAUCAUGAUUCUGUCUGAAGUUGUCUGAGCUCAGCAAUACAGUGAGAGAAAAUAUGUGGAGUGAACUUGGAGAUGUCUGAGGAUGCUUUGUUUUUGGUUUGCGUAGCUGAGUUACAGUGUGUAUGCUUGUUCAAAUGAAAUUGGCUUAGUUUGUAUCAUUCAUGCUGCUUCAAAAUAACUUGAGCAUUGAAGCCCAAAAAAUAAGGGGAGUAUUGAAGUUUCAGUAUUGCCUCCUGCUGGAAAUGCAGCCUCGAAGCAAUCGUUAAAGUUUCAGGUCAAUGAUGGUUAUUAUACGGUUCUUGCUGUGAAAAAUAUUUGGAAUCCUAUAGUAACAUGGUGAUGUCAGCAAAGUAUCUAUUCAAGUUUUUAAUUACCAACCAUCUUUUUUUUUGUUUGUUUGUUUAAGCUAAAUUUGUUUCCAAAUGCAAAACAGCAACUUUUUCUUGUACAUCACAAAAAGCUUUGUGUAGGACAUCAGACACACAAUUCAAUAUUCAAUGCGUCCUUGCAUUGAGAGGGAUAAAGACUAAUUGUGUGUUUAAUCUGUCUAACCAGAUUAGCACUAGUAAAAUCAUGGAUGUAAUCAUCACGAUCUUAAUCAUAAAGAUGUAUUUGAGAUACUGGACAUGCUGCAGUUCUUAUCUGUUAAAAGUAUCUCUCUGUUGAUUAGUAGCUUAAUAAUAAGCAACUGAAUCCCUAUUGUUUUACAAGUCAGUGACCAAAAAUGCAGUAUUUUAUUGAUGCUCAUGUUCAUUACUAUCAGGAGCAAUGCAUGCACAUCUGGUCUUCAUUGUAGCACUGAGUAGAAUUCUUCAUUUUAUGGCCUGUUUCAUUGAGGGAUUUUGAGUACAGUUAGUUACUGAUAUUAAUGAGGAUGCAAAAGUUAAUUGUUUUUGUGUAUGAACGCAUGACUCUAGAUACUAUCUCUGUGUCUAUGCCAUUGUGGUCAAUUAUGUAACGAAAUACAUUAUUUUCUAGACUGGAGCUGCUUCGUUCACCCUCUGCACCAUCUUCAAGCGAGAAUCGUGUAAUGUGUGUGUUUGUAAAUGCACGGCAGGUUGAUUGUAAAUUCUCAUACGCUUAUAGUGUGCAUUGUGACUGAAGACAAUGCCGAAUGCCCUUCAGUCCAGUAAGUGUUACAGUUCUGCGUGUUUGUAGUAGGUCAAAAUGAAUGUAGCUUUGAUUUCGAGCUCAUCGCGUCAGCCUCACUGAUUUGCAGUAAAUACACAUUUUAACAGCUUUUAGUGGGCACAUGUAAAUGACAUUUAAAUGCAAACGAAUUUCCUAUUCAUCUUCUUUAAUAACUUUUUCUAACAUGUGGCCAACUUUUAUGAAUUGUAUUAGCGUAUAGAGGCACAAGGUAGAUGGGGAUACGUGUGAAAAUGUAUGGUUAUUAACAUGAUGAACGCCAUCAUGAUCUUCCUGGUCACAAUUCAUUUAAAGGAGCAGGAAAGAAUGUUUUUGUCCUUAAAAUUGCUUGUCUAGUACCUGAUGGUCAUUUAUUUGGCGUUAUGCAUUUGAAGCAUUAAAUAUCCACAUCUUGUAAUAUGUAUAUUUAUAUGUAUUACUUAUACAUACUUGAGUAUGAAUAUUGGGGAUUUUGUAUUUCAAUAUUUUAAUAAAACAUUAAAUGCAACUAAUAA